AUGGAUCGCGAAAAGUAUGGCCCAGCUGCCUUUCGUGCAAACAAGUCAGCUCGUGCGAAUGCUCAGCGUUUUUGUUAUGAGACCAGGCAUUUAAUAUCACUUUCUUCGAAUUCUCCAGAAUUCAGGAAAGCUCACAGUUCAUUUGAAAAAUACUUUGAUAGGAUAUUAAAAAUAAUACAAGGAGACCAUAAGCUUAGUAAAAAGCCUGAAUCUAUUGAUGAAAUAACUGCAGUCCUCGCUGAGGACGAUUUCCCUGCUUUUUUAGUGUCGAAUCUGACUAAUUUUGACUUUGAGACUGCAAAAGAACUACUUAACUUAAUAUCAAGACUGCUCAGUAAUGGGAAUUCGCUGGAGUUUUAUAUAUGCCGACACAUUGAUAGGGUUAUAAUUCCUUUGAUUACAUCGUACUCAACUGCAGAGCUUUUUUUGCUAUGUGGGCAAUUUUUAAGAGAUCUCUUACAGAAUCCUACAAUAUUUCGUGCCUGUUUGACUGUAGAAAUCCUAUCAACUCUUGUCCGAACCGCAAUUGAUAUGCCUUUUGAGAUUGGGUCAGAUGCUCUUGAUACUAUGAAAAUUCUGAUAGAAUGCGAAAAACCUGUUGCGGCAGAGUUUAUCAAUGAACAUUAUGUAGAAGUACUUCAAAGCUUAUAUUCUUUGUGUGAUAAGGAUUAUUAUUGCAAAAGACAAGCAUUAAGCAUUUUGUAUAAUAUUUUGACAAGGUCUGGGACUGGGGAUUUUAAAGAUCAAUAUGUAGUAGGGGAAGAAAACUUAACCCCUUAUAUAUAAAAAUUCCUAAUUUUAAAGCUGCUAGAAGACUAUUUUCCUCUAUAAAUAAAAGAUUUUUCAUCAAAAUAAACAAACCACAUAUAUGGAAAAUAUAUAAAAUAUGUCAUGAUGCUGAUAAGAGCUGAUGACUCUGCUCAAGUAAAAAUGGAAGCAUUUCACUUAUUUAUGGUCAUUUUAAAAAGAUUAGUCGAACUCGGGAGAGAUGCCCACAAGCUGCCUGCUUACAAAAUUCUUUUGAAAAAUAAAGACAGACUGGUCAAAUUUUUUGAAAAAUUUCAGAAGGAUAAAAAAGAUGAAGAGUUCGUAAAUGAAAGGAAUCAAGCCAUUAUGAUUAUUCAAGGUCUGCAGGCAAGAUAA